ACACGUUUUUUGUCGAGCAGAUCCCCAGACACGGUAACUUCGCCCCCGUUCGCCUCGUCUCCGCUAGGGCCUCUCACCACUCUUUUGUUUGACGACUGGUGCGGUGGGAAAGUGCGUGCCGUGAAGGCAGUGUAAAGGCAAGCUGGGCUAGCCGUGGUGAUGUUGUGGCUGUAAAGCUAAUGUCGUCGAUGAAGUGAGUAAAGUUGUAAGGUUACGCUGCUUUGAAAAUUAGUUGUUGGACAGAAACGAACUGAACUGUAAAGUAAGAUAUAACGUUGGUGUUGCCUUCGCUGGUUUGUAUUGCUAACAUCGAUGUUAGCAACUAGCCUGUUCGUGUAAAUGCUAAUCACUAGAAUGGACCUGUUGAACUCUCAGUUCCUGGACAAGAUGAACAAUAACAUCGGGAGACUGCACUACGAAGAUGAGUCCAGGACACCCUCCCUGCCCACUGCUAUGUCCAACAUAACUGGGCGUCCUCCACACUGCCCAAGCAAAAGGAAGUAUGGUGAAGAACAAAUGGACGACCGAAUCAACUGUGAUGAUGACCACGUGACCAAAAUGAGCAGAUUGUUUGCCACUCAGCUGGCCCGUCCCUCUGCUGGAGACAAUCGUAAUGAGCACUGGAGCCUAGGUCACACUCCUGUGGAGCACAUUACUUCCUCCUCCAACGGUCUCCAUGGGAACCGCCUGUAUGCUUCCAUGUCUAGCUAUGCUGUAGACCAGCCUCUGGCUCUGACCAAAAGCAGCCACGACAUUAGAGUCGGGGCCAGAGAGAGGUCUACCAUGGGUGGGACUGUAGAUCGGCAGCAGAAUCGUCCCUCCGUUAUAACCUGUGCCCCUGCGAGCAACCGCAAUUGUAACCUCUCGCACUGCCACAUGAAUGGAUGUUCACCCAGCCCACCUACUGAUCAGAUGAAGACCAAUGCUAACACAGAAUGCGAUCCUGUGAUCGAGGAGCACUUUCGUCGCAGCCUUGGAAAGAACUACAAAGAAGCAGAGCCUGUUUCCAACUCUGUGUCCAUCACAGGUUCAGUGGAUGAUCACUUUGCAAAGGCGCUGGGAGAUGCCUGGCUCCAAAUCAAGGCCAAGGAUGGUGGUCAUCAAAUCCCAGAGACAGAUCCAUGAAGCAGAGGAGAGUAAACAUUGCUAUCACUUUCUUAGUGUUUGUAUAUUAACAGUGGAGAUUUCCCACUGGCAGUUCUUGCCAAGCAUUAACUUCCCUUAGC